CCCAAUAGCUCGCGCAAAACUAGUUUGUUUAAACAGCUCGACCGUUAUAAUGGCGCGAAUGAAUUUAUAGAGAGCUCGUGAGGGAUGUGUUUCGUCUGCCCGCUUUAUGGGCAUUUAAUAAGACCUCACUUUAUGUUUACCACGUCCUUUGUCAGUUAAUUAGACUUACUGGAGACAUUCCGAGUCCUUAUUUCAUCCUCAGCCCGUUGUGGAGAGCGUACGCUGCCUGAGGAGAAGGUAGAAGGGCGCGACACUUCUGCUACCUUUUGGAUGGAGGGCACGCGCGGAAGACCGUCAGUUACUGUGUGGAUUAACUCGGUGUGGAGGAGGCAAAGUGGGGAGAAGUACUUGUAAAGGUGCUGCGUUUAGAAGCUGGUCUCCCUGCUGAGAUCUGAUUUGAGUUCUCGGGCGCAGCCGGCAUUUAAUGCGGACGAAAGCUCGAGUUCGAGCGAGGUGCGUCGACGGGCGGGAGGAGAAUGGCACGGGCUUCAGCGCUUCAUAGGGGAAAACAAGUACUUGGCUUUCUUGAGGGGCGUCGGGCACAUUGCGCAGGAAUUUUUUGACUGUCCCUCAAAAAUCCUAGUUGGCUCUUUUGGGGAUAUCUUCCCAUUCCCUUGAACGGAAAACAAAACAUAAACGGAAACCACUGGAUUUUAGAGGCUCUGACCGAAGACAAACCGGUAAUUUUGGAUAUGGGCUUUGCGGAGUUGGAUGCCUUCAUGUCAAGCGCGCCUUUGCUUCAAGAGAAUUUAGUGUGAAUCCAGUGGAGCACAACGGAACAGCAACAUGGAAAAAAUAUGACAAGUGAGACGAUUCGGUUCUUUUGACCAUCGGUGCUUAAAGCAGGACUGGCGUUCCUUCUGUAAGGUGUAAAAACCUGAUUUAAAAUGGAAAAACUGCUUGUCUGCUUGUUGGUUAUUGGAAUGGCAGUGAAGGCCCAGAUCUGUCCGAAGCGCUGUGUCUGUCAAGUUCUGUCUCCUAACCUCGCAACACUCUGUGCCAAAAAAGGGCUGCUCUUUGUACCACCCAACAUUGACAGGCACACCGUGGAGCUCCGGCUAGCUGAUAACUUUGUCACCAGCGUGAAACGGAAAGACUUGGCCAAUAUGACCAAGCUGGUGGAUCUUACUCUGUCGAGGAAUACAAUAAGCUACAUCACUCCACACGCUUUUGCAGACCUGGAGAACCUACGCGCCUUGCAUCUUGACCACAAUCGGUUGACACGAAUAGCCAACGACACCUUCAGCGGCAUGUCCAAGCUGCAUCACCUGAUUCUGAACAACAACCAAUUGACCCUCAUCCACAUGGGAGCCUUUAAUGACCUGCUAGCCCUAGAAGAACUGGACUUAUCCUACAACAACCUGGACACCAUCCCUUGGGAGGCCAUUCAAAAGAUGACCAGCCUUCACACUCUUAGUCUGGACCACAAUAUGAUCGACUACAUUCCUGAAGGGACCUUCUCCCUCCUACAGAAGCUCAAUCGCUUGGACAUAACUUCCAACAAGCUCCAGAAACUUCCGCCAGACCCGCUUUUCCAACGAGCACAGGUUCUGGCGACAUCUGGAAUUCUGAAUCCCUCUUCUUUUGCCCUGAGCUUUGGAGGAAACCCUUUACACUGCAACUGCGAACUUUUGUGGGUUAGGCGACUCAGUCGUGAGGAUGAUUUGGAGACCUGUGCCACGCCAUUGCACCUCUCUGGACGCUACUUCUGGUCCAUUCCUGAGGAGGAGUUCCUCUGUGAGCCACCCCUCAUCACCCGCUACUCUCAUGAGAUGAGAGUGCUUGAGGGCCAGAGGGUUGCAUUGAGGUGCAAGGCCAGGGGAGACCCUGAGCCUGCCAUUCACUGGAUGUCUCCUGAGGGGAAAUUAGUUGCAAACUCAUCACGUACACUCGUUUAUAACAAUGGCACACUGGACAUCUUGAUAAGUACAGUAAAGGACACGGGUUCUUUCACAUGCAUUUCCUCAAACCCUGCUGGGGAAGCCCACCAGACUGUGGAGCUUGUCAUCAUCAAGCUUCCACACAUUAGCAACAGCACCAAUAACAUCCAGGAGCCAGACCCUGGCUCCUCUGACAUCUCCACAUCUACAAGGGCUGGAGCAAAUGGUAGUAACCACACUGGCGAUGCUAAGACCAGCUCUGACAAGAGGGUGGUUAUAGCUGAAGCGACUUCAUCCACUGCACUCAUCAAAUUUAACUUUCAGAGGAAUAUACCUGGAAUACGCAUGUUUCAGAUUCAGUAUAAUGGAACCUAUGACGACUCUCUUGUUUACAGGAUGAUUCCCCCAACGAGUAAGAACUUUCUGGUGAAUAAUCUGGCUGCCGGGACCCAGUACGACCUCUGUGUGCUGGCUAUUUAUGAUGACGGCAUCACCUCCCUGACGGCUACGCGGGUUGUAGGCUGCGUACAGUUCACCACUGAGUCUGAGUAUCUGCGCUGCCACUUUAUGCAGUCCCAGUUCUUGGGUGGCACCAUGAUCAUUAUCAUCGGAGGCAUAAUUGUCGCCUCUGUCCUGGUCUUCAUCAUCAUCCUCAUGAUCCGCUAUAAAGUGUGCAACUCUGGCGCCACUGCCAAAGAUACCGCAGUCAUCGAUAUGCACUCACAAACCAAUGGUGCACAGUCACAGGGCUGUACCGUCACGCCCUCUGUGUCCAAGCAAGGUGUUUUGAGCUUAGAAGGAGGCGAUGGUUACCAAAAGAGCUCAGCUCCUCCACCUCCUCCUCCCGAUUCCCAAACCCACAUUUCGGAGACCUCCCUCCCGGACUGCUCCACCACCGCUUCCCUGGUAAGCCAGAGCUGGACAACACCCGGCUCUUCAGGGUCACUUAAGCCAAAGCGCAGACCAGCCCCAAAACCCAUUCCCGCGGCCAACGCUGAGCCCAAGGUGGAGGCGCUACCCAACGCAGAGACGCAAAAUACCAACCGCAACAACUCCACUGCCCUGCAGCAGCCCCAGCUACCCGCCUCAACCCCUAUGCCCCCAACCCGCUUCAAAGACACCCCAAUCCUGAGGAGGGCACGUCCCUCUGCGUCCAAGUAUAUGACACUGCCUGUCGAAGGAGUGCGGGCUAAACGCAGGUACUCUUUAAAUGAGAACCUCUCAAAACACAAUUGCUAUAUUGGCUCGCAGAAGUUCGUGAACACGUUUUGCAAGCGGAGUAUGUCCAUGAAUGGAAUGCUAGUCGAAAAGGAAAACUCAGAUGAGAAAAACACAUUUUCGAGUUCAGAAUGGAUUCUUGAGAGCACAGUGUGAAUGUAUGAUGGUUGGAGGACGAGUGCCUGCAUCUCACACUUUUGUCUACAUGCGUUUGUAUACAGUAUGUGUGUAUGUGCACAUUGGCAAAUACAUUGGCCCCAGAAAUUAUUUGGAAACUUAAAGUGUUAGUUCAUAAAUGAAAAUUUUGUCAUCGUUUACUCACUGUCAUGACAUUCCAAACCUGUAUGACUUUUUUUCCUUCAAUGAAAUACAAAAAGAGAUACUCAUUCACUUUAACUGUGUGGGAAAGAGCAGUGUCAAUAUUAUUCAAAAUUUCUUCUCUUGUGUUUCAUGGAAGAAAUUAAGCUGUAAGAUGUUUGGAACAAGAUGAGGGUAAAUGACAAAACAUUUUUGGGUGAGCGAUCCCUUUAAAACACAUUGCAUUAUAUAAAAAGUAUCAAACCAAGUGGCGUCUACAAUGAAAAUAUGCUCAACGUUUUCUCAGCACUAACUUCAAUUUAAUCACUUUGCAAUUACUUUAAACCAACUGGUCCCAGGGUAACAUUUAAUGGAUGUAAGGUCAGUUCCAAGGUCAGAUCCCCUCAAGUUCAUACAGGUGUCCUAGCAGAGUAACCACAGGUGUAGUGGAUCACAUUAACUAUGGACAUGUUACACUAAGUUUGACAACCAUAAAGUAUGCAGAAUGUUUUGUCUUAAUUCUGAACAAAACAGCUAUUUAAAAUCUUACAAACUUCUUUUUGUGAAAUCUUUUGCUCGAAAAGUGUGCUUAUGCCAUCUUUAUUUAAGGUUAAAUGAUGUGACUAAUUUUUUUGUCCGAAUCUAUCAAGUUAUACCAAAAUAGAUAAAAAAUGCAAUUCACACAUAACAAUAACUUGAACACACAUCUACUAUGAUGAACAUGUUUUCAGUUACUGUGUUCAAAGUAAUACAUUUUUUUUUAGGACUUCAAGUCAAAUAUGUCAUGUGGCGUAAUUGUCCGAACACAGUAAAAAAUUCAAAUCAAAGUGUCAUUAAAAGCUGAAAUUCUUAAAAAAAAAAAAAAAAAAAAUGUUGGCAUGAGUAGUGCAGAAAAAAAAUAUUAAAUCAUUAUUUCUUAAAAGAAAAUUUCCACCAAAUAAAAUCAUGUGGUGUUACCAACCAUGGUUGCCUGCAGGAUUUCAUCUGAAGGUACCAGAGGCUGCCUAAUAUAUCCUCUUAUCUAGGGAGUUCCGGGGGCAUGGUCCCCCGCGAGAAUUCUUUGCAAAAACAACACCGAAGCAUUCAGUUCUGGUGACUUUGAGAGAAGCAUUUUUUGUAUUUUCUCGAGUACGAGUAGCGUUCAUGUAACUAUUGGCUAAAGCAUUUAUUUCAGUAACUGUUCAGAAUAAACACUUACAAGUACUAAAAAAGCAAAAUGCACCACAAUGAAUAGAGCAAAACGCAGGCGUCUCGAGACGUGUUUUUAACAGCUGAAGUUCUUUUUAACUUGACACAGCAUCUAAAAAUGCAGCGCUCCCAAGAGAGAUGGUAAAAACACAGUGAAACGUGACACAGUUGUCAAAAGACAUCCAUCAAGCAAAUGUUUACAUGGAAAACGAUUGAAAAACAGUGCGAGCGGUUGCAAAAAUUGUAACCCCUUGUUCACAUGACAAGUUUCUCAAAGUUACCUCUCAAAAAGACAGCCUUUUGUUUCAGUUGAUUGUAGGUAAAUUUCCACUGUAUCCAGCACUGUUUGUUCUGUGUUCGUAAAUAUCCCGAUACUGUUUUACUGUGUGAGAAACCGCUCUAAAUGAUUCAAUGAGAGAGCACUCCGAAUGCAUUAUACUAAAUCACAAAUCUAUUCAGACUGUUUUGCAAGCCCGUUUGGCCAAUUCACUGAAAAGAACCGACUCAAAAGAAUUAUUCAUUCGCAAAUUGGGCAUCGCUAGUUCUUUUAAACAGCCAACAGAAAUACGGGACACACUUCAUGACUGAUAAAAUAUUCUGAGAGUAAAUGUUUCUCAGGUCAGUAGGAGCGCUCAUGGUACGCACAGUGCAUACGGUCGUACAGCUGCAGGCGCCACUGUUACCAACAUAGGUUGCCAUUUUGUUGUCCAAAGGUGACUAAAAUGUAACAUAUAUGUAAAAAAAAAAAAAAAAAAAAAAAAAGGUAUUUCAUUACAAAGUAGAUUUUGAAAAGAUUUCUCAUAUUUUUCACCGUGGACAACUUUUUUUGUUUGUUUUUUUGUUUUUUUAUUGACCCUUAAAAUAAGGGUCACCGUUGUUUGAUUUUCUGUUAUCCAAUGCAUGACAUUCAUAUAUUUUUGUGUGGCUUAAGUAAUACUUUUUGGGGCCUCUGUAAGUCUGUGUAUGUAUGUCUGCAUGUGUGAGAUUGUAUGAUGACGUUUUGCACCAUUUCUUUUGUUUCCAUCCGAAAAUCAUAUUUUCUGCUGUCAUUUUUAUUUAUGUUUUCUGGAAAACUCCAUGGAUAAUGCGGAUGCUUGCCUUGAGGGAGUCCACUCCAAGGUCUCCCUUCUCUAAAAGUGGUAACUGCUCCAAGCAAUCUCCACCACCAACACCAACACCACCAUACCAACCAUCCAGGAGACAGAACUUCUCCUCCACAUUUACUGCACUCUCUGAGCAGCAUGGUAAGAGUAGAGCAUUGGUGCCUUCCUUUGUCUUCUUGCCAGGAGCUUCUACAGGAUACAAGCUUUGUCUUUAUUAUAUGGAUGGAAGGAAACAUGAGAGAUUUCACAAAAAAGCCUUUAUAUUCAAGGAAAUGACAUUUUCUGCACAGUACAGAAAAAAAAACAAAAAACAAAAAAAACUCUAAAAACAAGUAUAUAAAGACUUGAUACUGGGACCUGUUAUUAAAAUGAUAUUUUUUAAAAUGGAAGCUUUUUCUUUUGAGUGACAUUGAUUUUGCCUUUGUUUUAAGGCACAAAAGAUACAUGUACAGAAAGACAACAUCUGCUGUGCUCUUAUGUUGUGUAAAAUAAAAAAAAUAAA